AUGUAUGUGCAUCAUGUCUCCGAGUCAAUGAUGCCUCCUGAUGGUGGCGCGACAGGACGGAUGCUCGGUCGGUUGAUCGGUCGGGUAAAUAGAUUGGUUGUUCAAUCACUCACAAGAGUUAUAAUUGCUAUUGUCCUGCUGUCACUCACUGUCGAUGUUGCUGUACUGACGAGGAUAGUGACAAAUUUUAAUGGAAUAUUAGCACAGUUCGUAGAGUAUCAGACUGCUACCAAAAAGGGAUGCAGUAAAUUCCAGGAGGAGGCCAUUGAUCUUAUCGUUCCACACCCAUCUGCAAGUGAACCUGAUAUACCCUGUUCCGGCAUUCAACCGAAUACAACAUGUAAUGCUGGAUAA